CAGAUCAGAGCCCAAAUGACUGCAACUGGUUCGGAUUUCAAAUAAAUAUGCCCUUUCGCUUGAAGAACAAGUUGCCCGUUCAGUAGGUGGCGACGCUACAUCAAUAGGUGUAUUCUGCCAUAAAACUUUAAAGAAGAAGAACAAGUUGCUUGUCACUUGUGUUUAUGCAGUUUAGAAAGUUUGACAGCAGUUGUACAACGUCAGCUAACCUAGCUGUGUGUUUAGCUGUUUUUGAUCAGUCGAAUGUAAUCAAGGUUCACCCCGUUACAAUAUUUGUACGUUUGGGAGAAUAUAGGGUUUCUUCCGGUAUAGCGAACUGCUGAAAAUCGAACAUGGAAGUUGUUCAGAAACUUCUGUCGGGAUUCAAUCUUGACCUGGGACCUUUGAAAGAACCUCUGGGAUUUAUUCGGAUUCUGGAAUGGGUGUUCACCAUCUUUGCCUUUGCCACCACGGGUGGUUACUCUGGGACGACCCACAUCAGUGUGAAAUGUGGGGAUGCGGUGCUAAAGGACAUAGACGUUGGGUUCGGAUACCCUUUCAGGUUGUCUAGCUACGGCCCUUUAAAGGUGCCGACGUGUAACGGGAACGCCACGAAUGAGAUUUACCUACAGGGCGACUACUCUUCCUCGGCUGAGUUCUACGUCUGUGUCGGUGUCUUUGGCUUCCUGUACUGCACCGCCACCCUGGUUGUAUACUUGGGAUACCAGCAUGUGUACCGCGAGGGCCGCGGACCUACCUUUGACCUGUUGGUGACUGCUGCUUUUGCCUUCCUGUGGCUGGUGUCCUCCUCUGCCUGGGGGAAGGGCCUGACUGACGUGAAGUGGGCCACCAACCCAAACCACCUGGUUGGGAUCUGUCAGCCCCUGUGCUCACCUGGAUACUUCCCCUCCAUGGGAAAACUCAAUGCCUCUGUGAUUUUCGGAUUUCUAAACCUCAUCCUAUGGACCGGUAACUGUUGGUUCAUCUUUAAGGAGACUCCCUUCCACAAGGACCCCAACCCACCAGCCACCAUGGAGGAGGGUGGAGUCCCCAGCUCUUAAUUGCAUAGAGCCCAAGCCAAUCGCCAAGGUGCUUUGGACCCACAUGGUUUCUUAUUUAACCCUAUUAAGAAGGAAACUAAAACCUCAAGCAAAAUUUUGCUUUUUAAUCACCCUUACCACUGAGGCCACUUUUCAAUGAUGGGCAUUAAGCUCAAGCUUCAGGGAAAGUAUUCAUGCUGUGUUUACACAGGCAGCUCAAUUCACACACAAUUUUUUUUCUCUUCAACUAAUUGGUAUUUUGACCAAUCAGAUCAGCUCUGAAAAGUAUCUGAUGUGAUUGGCCUUUUGGCCAAAUAAAAAUAAAAUAAUUGGUGUGCCUGUGUAAACACAGGCUAAGUUCCCCAACUCUAACCCUCCAACACAGCUACCCUUGGAUGUCGUUUUAAUACUCUGCAUAGAGUUAGUCAGUUAAUGUGAAUGAUUUGCUAGCUGCAGUCAACACUAGGUGUAAACCCUGAAAACUGAGUGACCGCAACGGUUUUUAUUUGUUUUUUUCCUGUUUAUUUUUUAAACAUUCUAAAAGGUGCCUUGAGUUAACUGUACAUAACAUCUAUUCAGUUACAGUGAACGUGGCUUGAGUUGAACACUUAGAAAGGAAUUUGGGUAUCUGUGAUUUUCAAAAUGUCUGAUUUUGGUCGCUUCCUCUAGAGCAGGUACUUUCAAACGCAUAGGCCAAGUACAAAAUGUCCCAACAGGGCUCACAGACACACUACUGUAGCUGAACUGUGAUUAAUAUGGGGAUGUUCAGUAAUGCUGCGUUGACAUCACAGGUGGCCGGUGGUACCUUAAUUAGGGAGGACGGGCUCUUAGUAAUGGCUGGAACUGCAUCGAAAACAACAAACGCAUGGUUUCCAGGUGUUUGAUUCCAUUCACUCCUUUCCCGGCCAUUUGUUAUGAGCCGUCCUCCCUUCAGCAGCCUCCUGUGGUUCAAAUACACUAAUCGUCUGACCGUCAGUCCCCUCGUUUACCAUGAAUCUAAUAAAGGAGAUGAGGUCGACGGUAAUGUUGAAAUCCACUGCUCUGUUGCCUUUCAGGCCUACAUUUGGUCCUCUAGAUUAAAAUAAACAAUUUUAACUACUGUCAUAUCAGUGAUUCCAAUAUUCCACUACUACAUUUUUUUGAAACAUGGAUGUUGCAUUUCUGUCAUGUUCUGAAAGCCUACUGCUCUGAUGCACUAAACUCGUCAGUUGUUAGCUACUUGACCCCACAAUUGCUCCUGAUGUUUAGUGUGUUCCUCUUUGAAAUGUAUGUUUGUUUUUUUUGUCUUAGUUUUGUUAUUCAAAAUGGUUUUGUCACAUGCUUCAUAACCACCCGGUGUGGGCUAUCCUUGAAAUGCUUACUUGUGGAAGAACAUAUGAACAGUGCCUUGGUUAUUUAUACGAACUAUAGCAGUAACACCAACUAAUAAGGACUACAUUCAAUUUGAGGACACAUUUCUAGUAACUGCUGUCAAUAUUUUAGUUAUUCAAACUGUCAGUGCCUAUAUUUCACCGCAGUGCUGGUUGGUGUAUUGUUUACUCAAUGAAGCCAAACUUUUUAAAGUCUUCUGUAAAGUUGUGACAUUGAAACAAUUAAAACACUAAGUUCCCUCAG